AUGAAAGAAUUUGAAGAACAAGAGUUGCAUUUUUGGAAGGAUAUUGUUGAGGAUAUUGAAGUUCGUGACCUAAUUUCUGACAGAAGCAAAUCUCAAGAUAUUCCGUCAGAAGAAUGGAUUUGGGAAUCCUUAUUUCAUCCACCUCGCAAAUUGGGCAUUAAUGAUAUUGAAGGGCAGCGGGUACUUCAGAUCGCAGUGAUUUUACGUAAUCUUUCUUUUGAAGAGGGAAAUGUUAAACUUUUGGCAGCUAAUCGUACUUGUCUUCGGUUCCUGCUCCUCUCUGCUCAUAGUCACUUUAUCUCUCUACGGCAAUUGGGGCUGGACACGCUGGGAAAUAUCGCAGCAGAGCUUCUUUUGGAUCCUGUUGAUUUCAAAACUACUCAUCUAAUGUUUCACACUGUUACAAAAUGCCUCAUGUCCAGGGAUAGGUUUUUAAAAAUGAGAGGCAUGGAAAUUUUGGCAAAUCUUUGUAAGGCUGAAGAUAAUGGUGUCUUAAUUUGUGAAUAUGUGGAUCAAGAAUCCUAUAAAGAGAUCAUAUGUCAUCUCACGCUACCAGAUGUGCUGCUUGUUAUCUCAGCACUUGAGGUGCUGUAUAUGCUCACAGAAAUGGGAGAAGUGGCCUGCUCAAAGAUUGCCAAAGUAGAGAAGAGCAUAGAUACAUUAGUAUGUCUGGUUUCUAUGGACAUCCAGAUGUUUGGACCUGAUGCACUUACUGCUGUAAAACUCGUUGAACAUCAGUGCAUUAGCCAGCAAGGAGUACCUGAUGUCAGACCACAAGUAAUGGAUCACGGUUCUUCACAGGCUCACGCAGCAGGUGUCCCAGCCUCUAGGACAGCACCACAUGUUGCUCCUCCGCCAGGAAUAGUAGAAAUAGACAGCGAGAAAUUUGCAUGUCAGUG